AAUUCGAUUCCGAAUAACAUUAAUCGAUACAUUUUUCCACCAUCCCUGAGUUUGUGUCAUCUCGUAUUUAAAAGUGCAAUAAAAAUCAAGAGAUUAAGCUCAUGUCGGACAGACUUAUGCCUUUGACAUUGUAACGUAAAUACAACAUAUUGUUGAAUCAAUGGAAUUAUUUAUGUUGUGAGCGAAAACAACAAAAGAUUUCAACUAAUUUUGUGUGUGCGUCUUUGGCCCGUUAUAUAAACUACUUUAACCUUAAAGUCAUAACAAAUUAUAAAAAAACGGUAGAAGUACGAGAAAUUUCAAUUGGAAAAAUCAUGCUAAACAGCGCCAAUAACAAUUUUGUGCAGCAUACUGUGACUGUAUCAACGGAGGGAAACAUGAACGGGUAUAAUCGAAAAUCGCCCCAAAAACGGCGUUAUGAUAUGCCAAAAUAUGCCGUGCCACCGAAAAAGAAAGCUGGAAAAGAACGUGUACCACAACCAAAAAAUACCGUUGCGAUGCUAAAUGAAUUGCGUCAUGGACUGAUAUACAAAUUAGAGUCACAGACUGGUCCGGUGCACGCACCGUUAUUUACGAUCUCCGUGGAGGUGGAUGGACAAAAGUAUAUGGGCCAAGGGCGAAGUAAAAAGGUGGCUCGUAUUGAAGCAGCAGCUACAGCGUUACGAAGCUUCAUACAGUUUAAAGACGGAGCAGUCUUGUCGCCCCUGAAGCCUGCAGGCAACUUGGACUUUACCAGUGACGAACAUCUUGAAAAUGGUAUUGAAAACGUGUCCAAUGAACAAUUAGUUGAACUGAUUCAGACGUUGAUGUUGCCUGAAAUGAAUUCCAACCUUACCUCGCUUGAACAACCCACGUUGCGCCCACAAAUCUUUUGCAUGAGCCACAAUGCUAAUAAAAAUACCAUUGCCGUGGAUGGGCAGAAGAAAGUACCAGAUAAAGGACCUGUUAUGCUGCUGUAUGAACUUUUUAACGAUGUUAAUUUUGAAUGCAUGAAUAUAGACGGUGCUCAAAAUAACUGUAGAUUUAAAAUGACUGUCACUAUCAAUGACAAAAAAUUUGAUGGCACAGGCCCAUCCAAAAAGCUGGCAAAAAAUGCGGCAGCUAAGGCCGCUCUUGCAUCAUUGUGUAACAUCUCCUAUAGCCCGAUGAUGGCACCACAAAAGAAUGCACCUUUGCCAAUAGAUGACAAAUCGUCUUCAAUGGAAUUGCCGCAAAUACACGCAGAUACCAUUGGACGGUUGGUACUGGAAAAAUUUAUGGAGGUUAUUAAAGGGCAAGAAGCGUACUCACGCAGAAAGGUUCUAGCUGGAAUAGUUAUGACAGAGAAUAUGAAUUUUUGCGAAGCCAAGGUUAUUUCAGUUUCGACGGGUACAAAAUGUGUAAGCGGUGAGCAUAUGAGCGUAAAUGGGGCUGUUCUAAAUGACUCGCAUGCUGAAAUAGUAUCCAGGCGUUGCCUCCUAAAGUAUUUGUAUGCUCAACUUGAUCUACAGUGUAAUCAGGCAACAGCAUAUCAGUCGAUUUUCGUGAGGAAUACAGACGGGCAAUACCCCUAUAAACUAAAAUCCGGGGUACAUUUCCAUUUGUAUAUAAAUACAGCACCAUGUGGGGAUGCACGGAUAUUUAGUCCUCACGAAAACGACACUGGUGUUGAUAAGCAUCCAAAUAGAAAAGCACGUGGACAACUUCGUACAAAAAUUGAAUCGGGCGAAGGCACCAUACCAGUUAAGAGCAGCGAUGGCAUACAAACAUGGGACGGUGUAUUACAAGGUCAACGUUUGCUUACAAUGUCCUGUUCGGAUAAAAUCGCACGUUGGAAUAUUGUGGGUAUCCAAGGAUCGCUUCUGUCUUCCAUUAUUGAACCUGUAUACCUGCAUUCCAUCGUAUUGGGUAGUCUUCUGCAUCCAGAGCAUAUGUACCGAGCUGUUUGUGGACGUAUUGAAAAAUCCAUACAGGGACUUCCACCACCUUACCACUUAAACAAGCCGCGUCUCGCAUUAGUAACUUCUGCUGAACCUCGAAAUCAAGCUAAAGCACCGAACUUCGGUAUUAAUUGGACAAUUGGUGAUACUGAAUUAGAGGUGGUUAAUUCACUGACUGGCCGAACAAUCGGUGGUCAAGUGUCAAGAAUUACAAAACAAGCUUUUUUUGAGAAAUUUGGCUUUUUAAUGAAAAAUUUGCCAGGUAUGCCUACUCGAAAAGUUAACAAAGAUUAUGGAGAGACAAAGGCAGAUGUAAAGGACUACCAGACAGCGAAGCAAGAGCUCUUUUCUGCGUUUAAACGAGAGGAUCUUGGCAGCUGGCUAAAAAAACCAAUUGAGCAAGACCAAUUUGGGCUUGUCGAAUGACUGCAUUCAGCGAUACCGUCAGCCGGAUAUAUUUGUAACAGAGUAAUUUUUUUUUAAAAGACAGCAAAAACGGCAAGCAAUUAAUAGAUUUAGAUACUAUAGCUUAUAUGAAUUCUUGCUAUGUAGACUGCAAUUAUAUUUUGGUCCAAUCAGAAUAAAACCGAUUGAAUUCGAUAGAUAAUCCGGUUAUAUAUCGGGACAACAACGACAAAAGUUUUGGUUUAAAUAUUGGAGUAAUGAGAUUUUUUAGUAGAAUAUUUUUAGAAUAGAGUGUAGUACUAUGUAUGCUGGAGCUAAGUAAAUAAGUAUUAUGGCAUCUUACUUAAACGAAAUUAAUUUAUAGUUUAUGAAACCUAUACCUUUAACAACUUCUAAUAAUUAAUUUAUUUAUCUUACAAUUAGUAAUUUUGUUACUUCCCUCCUACCAUAUUUUGUGAGAAAAUGUGUCUAAAAAUAUUUGAAUUAUUUUAUUAAUUACUGUAUGUAUAUUUAUAUUUAUAUUUAAACAUCCAUAUAUACAGUUGGCUU